ACACAAAAAAGUUUGUCCAACACACUCAUUUCACACCAGAAAUGAACGUAGUUUCCAAAUCCCAAAAGACCAAACUCUUAGAUUCAUUCAAAAGAAAAAUGCCAACCUUAAGCAUUUUCCCUUUCGGCGGCUGCUUCGACGGGUGCCGAGACCACACCCAACCUUCGGGACUCGGCACCAGGGUCUGGAACCACAGCGACCGAGCUGUGGAGCUUCAAGUGCGGGUAGGAUCGAUCCUCAAAAAGGUUCACACCUUGAAACCAGGGUGCUCCAAGAGGCUGAAAUGUAAGAGCAUAUACAAGGCGUACAUGCCCGGGUUGAGCGACGGCAAUGGUGGUGGAGGGAUGAAGAGCUUGCUUUAUUACUACGACCAAACAUGUCACCCAUACAUAUGGGUCAACGACACGGCGGCUGAUAGUUCGAGGAUGGUUAAGCAGCAGUACAUUAGCCUUGAAGAUCUCAGGGAUUGUUCUGAGAUUAGGAUUUUCAGAGAUCAUCAACGGGGUUGCAUUUCGGUUCGUAAGAAACCGAGGCCUGGUUUUUGUUAAAUUUGCUUGUUAGCUCCUCCAUUUUUAAUUUUUUUGGGGUUUUAUUCAUGAUUUAGUCCCUAAAAUACACUCAUUUUCUUACUUUGGUACCCAAAGUUUUGACUUUAUUCAUGAUUUGGCUUUGAAUUAUACUCGUUUUCUCGUUUCGAUACAUAAACUUUUUUUCUCAGCCACUUUUAUUUCUGGGUGAACUGAGACGAAAAUAAUAGUUUAAUUAUGAUCAAAAUGAAAAAACAAGUAUAAUCAAAAGUUAAAUUAUGAAUUAAGCUUAAAUUGUCGAAUUUUUAUUUCGAUUUGAGAAAAAAAAAUGGAACUUUGUUAUUUAAGUAAGAGAGUGAUGCACACAUCAAGGGAUUAAUGUUUGUUUUUCACUCAUUUAUUUUUCUUCUUCCUUGUAUAUCUUCAUCAUGACUUUUUCCCUGUCUUUUAUUUUGUGCAUUUGAGGAAAAACAAUUUCCCUUUUGAAACAUGUAUGCCAAGAAGAUGCUAUUGUAUUUUGUUUUUCUUUUUUUAUAAUUUUAUUAUCAGUUCUAAUUA